AUGCUCAUUCCCACAAUUAGGACGUUUUUCAAUGCUUCUGCAUCAUGCAGCCGACUAAUUGCACGAACGACAUACUUAAAUGGCGUGUCUCAACGUUUCAAGUCUGAUGCAAUUCGUGGUGCUGUUAUCGGAAUCGAUUUGGGAACGACAAACUCUUGUGUAGCUGUUAUGGAGGGUAAACAAGCAAAGGUUAUAGAAAAUGCAGAGGGUGUGCGAACAACGCCGUCAACUGUUGCGUUCACGAAGGAUGGAGAACGAUUAGUUGGAGCGCCUGCCAAGCGUCAAGCUGUCACCAACUCACAGAACACACUUUAUGCUACAAAAAGACUUAUUGGUAGAAGAUUUGAGGAUCCUGAAGUUCAGAAAGAUGUAAAGAUUGUGCCAUUCAAAAUCGUGAAAGCCAGCAAUGGAGAUGCUUGGGUUGAGGCUCAGGGAAAAAUGUAUUCUCCUUCUCAGGUCGGCGCUUUUGUACUGAUGAAGAUGAAAGAAACUGCUGAAAGCUAUCUUGGAACUACUGUACACAAUGCUGUUAUUACUGUUCCGGCUUACUUCAAUGACUCACAGAGACAGGCUACGAAGGAUGCGGGACAAAUUGCUGGUUUAAAUGUCCUGCGAGUAAUCAACGAGCCCACGGCUGCUGCCCUUGCCUACGGCUUGGAUAAGGCAGAGGAUAAAAUUAUUGCUGUGUAUGACCUUGGCGGUGGUACUUUUGAUAUUUCCGUGUUGGAAAUUCAAAAAGGAGUGUUCGAAGUUAAGUCAACCAAUGGUGACACUUUCCUCGGUGGAGAAGAUUUCGAUCAUGCCUUGGUUAAUCAUCUAGUUGCCGAAUUCAAGCGUGAACAAGGAGUGGAUCUCACGAAGGACCCUAUGGCUAUGCAGCGACUACGUGAAGCCGCUGAAAAGGCGAAAUGUGAAUUGUCGUCCACGACACAAACGGACAUAAAUCUUCCGUACCUCACCAUGGACGCGUCUGGACCGAAACAUAUGACCUUGAAACUCACGAGGGCGAAGUUCGAGCAGCUUGUGGCGGAUCUCAUUAAACGCACGGUGGAACCUUGCCGUAAAGCUAUGCAUGACGCAGAGGUGAAGCCGUCAGAGAUCGCUGAAGUCCUUUUGGUAGGAGGUAUGUCUCGAAUGCCAAAGGUACAGCAAACUGUACAAGAAGUAUUUGGACGCACCCCAUCAAAAGCUGUAAACCCCGAUGAAGCUGUAGCCAUGGGAGCUGCUAUCCAAGGAGCUGUGUUGGCUGGUGACGUCACCGAUGUGCUCUUGCUCGAUGUGACACCUCUUUCACUGGGUAUUGAAACCCUUGGAGGUGUAAUGACGAAACUCAUCUCACGUAACACUACCAUUCCUACAAAGAAGAGCCAGGUCUUCUCGACGGCUGCUGAUGGACAAACACAGGUGCAGAUCAAGGUUUGCCAAGGUGAACGUGAAAUGGCGAAUGACAAUAAGUUGUUAGGACAAUUCUCAUUGGUUGGCAUUCCUCCAGCUCCCCGUGGUGUGCCUCAAAUCGAGGUCACCUUCGACAUCGAUGCAAACGGUAUUGUUAAUGUAUCCGCCCGAGAUCGCGGCACAGGAAAGGAACAACAGAUUGUGAUCCAAUCCUCUGGUGGACUUUCCAAGGAUCAGAUCGAGAAUAUGAUUCGCGAGGCCGAAAGGAAUGCCGCUGAAGACGCCAAGAAGAAGGAGAUGGUUGAGGUACUUAACCAAGCGGAGAGCAUUAUCCAUGACACUGAAAGCAAGAUGGCUGAAUUUGCUGAUCAACUCCCCAAGGAAGAGUCUGAGGCUCUAAAGAAGAAGAUCGAAGAGACCAAGACGAUCCUUGCGAAUAAGGAGAACGAGAAGCCUGAAACAAUCAAGGAAGCUGUGAGCUCACUGCAGCAGCAGUCGCUCAAACUGUUUGAGGCGGCGUACAAGAAAAUGGCUGAGAAGAAUUCUGGAGGAACGUCAGACGCCCAGGAGGCCAAGACCGCCGAGGAGCCGAAGAAGGAGCAGAAUUAA